AUGAUCGCUUUCAAUAGUUCAUUUGAUUUAAUAUAUUCAUUCCAACAACAUCCACAUGAAUAUAUAUAUACAUUAGCAUAUUAUCUAAUUCCCCUUUCAAUCAUUUCAAUUUCCUCAUCAAUGAGGGCCUUACUUCUCUUUCUCCCUGUAUUUGCCAAUGCGUGUUUGAAAAUCAAUCAGUUAGCUCCACCACCAUGUGCUUGCAACGUCCUAGCCAUUGAUCCUGCUGACGUUUAUAACUAUGAGCCUCAAGUUUCAAACUUUUGGGCCAAUAAGCCUCAAUCGCUGCUCAGAAAACCAAUCCAGAUAGUUGAUGAUUGCUCUGUCAAGAUGUAUUGUGAUGGAGAGGCUAAGUUGUUCAUUUUCGACUUUUAG